AUGACUAGUAACAUACCUGAUCUUUCAAAUGCAUCAACUGCAAUUUCUGGUACUCUUUCCGAUGUCAAAAAACAACGCCGACAGCUCCAACAAGACGCAAAUCUCCUAUCAAAUAGAAUAAAGCUUCUCCAAAUGGAAGAAGAACGAACAUGAAAAAAGAUCGAGGAAGCCAAAAAAAGAAAAAUCCAAAUUGAAGAAAUAAAAAAACGUAAAGAAAACCAGCUAAAAGAAAGAGAAAGCAUAAGAAUGAUCCGAGAACAAAACCGCAUUAAAGCUCAAGAACAGAUUCAAAAACUUAAAUUUCAUAGAAGCAUCGGCAAAGAAAAGAGGAAAGAAGAAUUAUGAAGCGAUAAAAAAGUUGCUUACAAGAGCGGAAGAGAAUGAAGGGAGUUUAGUAUGAAGCAAAAAAGAGACAUCAUUAAUUCUAUUCGAGAAGAAAAUCACCAAAAUGCAUUGAAAAUCAAAGUUGAAGAAAAUCAUCAUAAAAUUAAAAUUAAAAAACGAGAAGAAAUCAGAGGUGAAGAAAACAAAGAAGACUAUUUGAGAAGAAUAAAGCAAGAAGAAGCAGCGAAGAAAGAACUGGAACAAAAAGUCAUGGAAAUGGAGUUGCUGGAAAUGGAAUUGAUAAGGCGCUUGCAGCAUACUCAAUUAAUACAAAAGGAUGCUAUUUCUGAGCUAGAAAGUGCAAUCUCAAAGAAGCAAUCAUCUUCUGUGACAGAUAGAUAA